GUUCGACCAGUCCAACCACCUGGAGCCCGUCUUCAACUUCGAGUGCCCGCCCCGUCCCGACAUGCCUUCAAGUCAACCCAUCGACAUCCCCGACGCCAAGAAAAGGAACAAGAAGAAGAAGCGCUGCAGAGCCACCGACAGCUUCUCCGGCAGGUUCGAAGAUGUUUACCAGCUGCAGGAGGAGGUGCUGGGAGAAGGGGCCCACGCCAGAGUCCAGUCCUGCGUGAACCUCAUCACCAACAAGGAGUACGCGGUGAAGAUCAUCGAGAAGCGCCUGGGACACAUCCGGAGCAGGGUUUUCCGGGAGGUGGAGAUGCUCUAUCAGUGCCAGGGACACAGGAACGUCCUGGAGCUGAUCGAGUUCUUUGAGGARGAGGAGAGGUUUUACCUGGUGUUUGAGAAGAUGAGGGGAGGCUCCAUCCUGACCCACAUCCACCGGAGACGCCACUUCAACGAGCUGGAGGCCAGCGUGGUGGUGCAGGAUAUCGCCAGUGCCCUGCACUUUUUGCACAACAAAGGGAUUGCACACAGGGAUCUGAAACCAGAAAAUAUCCUGUGUGAGAGCCCGGACCAGGUCUCCCCAGUGAAGAUCUGCGACUUUGACCUGGGAAGUGGCAUCAAACUGAACGGCGAUUGCUCCCCCAUCUCCACCCCGGAGCUGCUCACCCCGUGCGGCUCGGCCGAGUACAUGGCCCCGGAGGUGGUGGAAGCCUUCAACGAGGAGGCCUCCAUCUACGACAAGCGUUGUGACCUGUGGAGCCUGGGUGUCAUCCUGUACAUCAUGCUGAGCGGGUACCCCCCCUUCGUGGGYCACUGCGGCUCCGACUGUGGCUGGGACCGGGGCGAGGCGUGCCACACCUGCCAGAACAUGCUCUUUGAGAGUAUCCAGGAGGGGAAGUACGAGUUUCCUGACAAGGAUUGGGCACACAUCUCCUUCGGAGCCAAAGACCUCAUUUCCAAGCUGCUGGUGAGAGAUGCCAAGAAGCGGCUCAGUGCAGCCCAGGUCCUGGAGCACCCCUGGGUGCAGGGGUGUGCCCCGGAUAACACCCUGCCAACCCCAAUCAUCCUGCAGAGGUAUUAAAUCAAGCGUGAGGUUGCUUCACCCAGGGCACACUCAAGGACAUCUGACAGACACACGGACUUUUGUUUCCCGACUCUUGGUUUCUCYUCUGACAUUUUCCCUGCUCCCCGACACCAAAGGACUCUUUGUAUCCGCGGCUGCUUUGACGAUUUCAGCUCAUUUCAUACUGUGAACAAAAGACCCUCGGUCGCGUUUUCAACAACGGGAGCUGCGUUUUAACCUCGCCCCUCCCCUCGGAGCUGCAGGUUUCUCUCCGAUGUUGGGGUAGAUCCCACAAAACCCCUUACCUGGGGGUCCGGGAGGCACCUCCCGAGUGUGGGGGGAGUGGGGAGCCCCUCCGUCCCGUGCUUGGGGGUGUCCCCGGCUCUGCUUCAGGGAGACGUGGUGGGCGUUGUGCAGGGAACCGCUCGGGCUGGGGAGAGAYGGUGCCAGUGAGGAGCAGUGCUGGACCCCCUGAGCCACCCUCUCCUCAGCAUCCUGCUUCCAGAAUAAGCUAUUCACCCCUUUUUUUUUUUUUUUUUCCUUUUU